AUGGCAGCAGACAGCGAGUUCAGCAAAUACGAUGCGACGCGUCUGCAGGAGGAGCUGGAGCAGGAGAAGGAGAUGAGGGAAAUGCUGCAGGAGUCGGUGCGUGACCUGCGGGGAACCAUGCGUGAGCUGCAGGAGAGACUCCACAGUGUGGAUGGAGAGGGUAACGAGUGGAAGACGAGGUAUGAGACACAGACUGAGCUCAACGGGCAGCUGGACAGACAGAUCUCACUCAUUCACGAGAGACUGGAGGACCUGCGAGGGAACCCCAUGGAUCGAUUGGCCUCCAUCCGGUCUUAUGAUGACAUGGCAGUAGAAACACUGAGGCAGCGUCUGAAGCUCCUGAGCGAAGAGAAGUGCGACCUCCAGACUCAGCUGAUGGACUGUCACCUCAGAACCGAACAGGAGGGAAAGGCGUUUCACAAAACCAACGACGAGAGACGGGCGUAUCUUUCAGAAAUUGCCAAGGUUUCCUCCACAAUCGAGGCCCAAAGGAGACAGUACUCCACCAGGCCACAAGGGGCGCUAGACAGCAAACUGAGGAGCUCAGUGAGGCACAACAGGUAGAGAGGGAAGCAGAGCAGCAGGAAUGCAGAGGCUUAUCCUAAGAAAGGAAAAGAAAGAGAAGAAGAAGAAGGUGGAGGAGGAGCGAACGCGAAAGGAGGAGGCGGCUGUGGAGCAACAGCAGAGAGGAGAGAAGAGGACAGGUCCCAAAGGGGGAACAGGUUACCCACCCUGAAGCACUAUACCUGA